ACGGACGGCGACGUUCCCUACGUCGGUGCGACGCCAACACGUUCCGGCGUUUUGCCGGUGGCGCGAGGUGACGCAAGCUGGAGUGGACGUGGGAAUAAUGUGGAGGGUGAAGGCGGCCCUGGGCAGAGUGUUUCAUCGCUGGCCUGUCACCGGACCCUCACCCUCGCUGCGCCUGCCUCCCUCUCACUGUGCCGAAGAUGACCGGUUGAACCCACUGGCUCUGGGUCCCACCCACCUUCCGUUGAAAAGCAGUGCCACAGACCCUCAGAAUGGAGAAGAAGGAGAGCGGAGGAGAGAGGAAGAGGAACAGAGGGCUCGAUUUUAUUACAAGUCAUUACCACGGUUUUCAGGAUUGGAUGCGGUUGGUUGGGGUGCUGCUGCCGUGGUGCUCCUGCAGUUCGUCAGACACCUGCACCGCCAGUCCUGUCACCGCAGCGGGCCCCAGGACAGUGACGUGGGCUUGCGUGUCCGUAUUGCAGAGUUUGUGGCUUCAGCACUGACACCAGACCGAAUCAAGAUCAGCCGGUGCAUUCUGCCUCCGUGCGUGGGGCCCAACACCAUCAGCAGCUCCGUGCUUCCACGUUCUGCAUGCACGGGUUCAUCCACUCCAGCAGAUGGUGCUGCAGCCUUGUUUCAGACCAGCCAGGAAAACUUCAACACUAUUGAACAAGAUGAUCCACUGUUUAUGGAGAUUACAGAACACUCAGAAUAUAGUGCAACAGAGGAGAGCAGCCAGCAGCCAAAUCUCCAGAGGGAGGAACCCAGCUCAGAAGAAGCAUUAAACCAAGCCGCUUCCUACUUGCAGGGUACAGCUGAAUCCAGCAUUUCUCACAUUUUAAACAUUAUGGGGAUUGAAAAUGUAAAAGCUAAGGAGGACGAGAUGGCUUUCUCCUGUUUCAUGUUGGCAGCCCAGCAGGGUUAUAGCAAGGCCCAGUACAACGUUGGAGUGUGUUACAACCUGGGAAGAGGCACAGCCAAAGACACUGAGAAGGCCGCUCUAUACUACAGUCAGGCAGCUGCUCAGGGACAUGCCAUGGCUCAGUACUGCUGGGCCAGGUACUUGUUGGAGGCCAAGCCAGCAAGGGAUGUCAGAGAUGCCCAAAGAGCCAUCAAGCAGUUGGAAAAGGCGGCUAAGUCUGGACUGAGAGAGGCCCAAGCUUAUCUCGGCGUGUUCUACACUAACGAGCCUUACCGAGAUCUGCAGCAAGCGGUCAGGCACUUCACCAUGGCAUCGAGGAGUGGGGAUGCCUCGAGCCUGUACCACCUGGGGAUCUGCUGCCAGCAGGGAUGGGGUGUGCGGAAGGACCACCAGCGAGCCCUGGAUCUCUAUCAGCAAGCUGCUGCUCUCGGGCAUCCUGACGCACAGUGCGCUCUGGGCGUGUUCCAUCAAAAAGGACUGGGAGGCCUCCCCUUGGACCUCUGGAAAGCCUUGGCAUUGUAUCAGAAGGCUGUACGUGGGGGCAGCAAGGAGGCAGCACGCAAUCUGUGGCUCUUGACAACGGAACUGCAGGCGAGAGAUGGUUUGACCCCAACCCGUGACUCCGAUCCUCUGAGGUGUGUGAUGUCCUCCCCAUGUCUUCAAGCACAGGGCACGCUGAGAGCACCGCUCCCUCGGCAGCGGGCCAGUGAAACCGACCCGGGCUCCCUUCCACCAGACGCAGCUCUGACCCCCCUGCACCACUCGUGGAGUACAGGCUGCCUCCUUGCCACGCCACUCAGCAGUGGGGGUCUCCGAGUCACUGCCAACCCCUCUGAGACGGGCUGCCAUGUGGUGUUCCCCGGGGAUCGCCGCACGUUCCUGGUCGGUGUGGGAUGAUUUGUGUGGAGAGGUGCCACAGAGGCCUGUGUGUGCUCCAUCGCCUCAUGGCCAGAGGAUCUUCUCACCUUGAUUAAUGCUCCUUGGACGGGCAAAGUUCGAGGAUUUCUGCUGCCCAGCGUCUGCAGAUGUGCUCAACCUGCUGAGUUCCUCCAUCAGCUUGCUCCAGCUUUCAGCUCCUGCUGACUCCAGUGUCUGCCUCCGCUGUUGCUACCCAGACUGCUUGAUUCUCUAUUGCCAGGUUAAGGCCGCAGAGCGCCCAGAAGCAAGAUGGUUCCCUGCUCUCUUUCUCUCCUCACAGGAGAGCAAUGCGCUUUAACUCUUUAUCCUGCCUGUUGCUGUGCCUCUGAGGUUGCAGGCUCCUGUUCUGUAGAAUCCCAAGCAGCCCGGCCUCCUAUGCACCCCAAUUCCCUUGGCACCUUUAAGCUUGUGAUGUAGGUACCUGACACUGGUUCAAUCCCAGACUCUGGGGCAGGUUGUGUGGGUGAAUUGGCCGCUCUCAUUUGCCCCUGGUGGUUAAGUGGUAGAAUGUCGGGAGAGUGAAUGAGAAUGUGAGAAUUUUUUUAAAAUUGGAUUACUUUUGGAUGGGCCAGAAUGGACUCUGUGGCUGAAUCUCCUCCCCCCGCCCCCCUUUUGUUAUACUGUAUCAGAUUUGAUGGUGUAACCCUCAUGUUACAUUGACCGGCGAAGUGUUCUAGACCUUUCCUGAGUGAUGUUACUUAAAUACAGGGAUUCUAAUUUUGA